AUGUCUUCCUUCACCGACUUAAGUAUGGAGGCCAAUCGGGAUCACCUUGAGAUGCAAUCACCAGAAAAGCCACCCAACCCCAAUCAAUGGGCUCGCCAACCUAAACGUAGAGCUACACGACGACGAACAAGCUCUUCAGACGAGAAUGUGAAGUCUGAGCCUGUUGCCAAACGUCAUCGCGCCGCAGAGCCCAAGAUGGAAGCUCCCGUCAGACGUUCUUCUAGACGACUCACUUCACUGUCAAUAGACAAAUCGAAACUAAAAUUUGAAUAUAAAGAUGGAAAGGAAGAAGACUUACAUGAAGAAUUUCUACCGCAAGUAUCACCAUUAAAAAGUAAAGUGAAGCGUGAACCACGAGCCAGCGUUAUCGCUAAACGUAGAAAAUUUGAAACGAAACCGGAAGAUCGGUCGUUUUGUAAUGAGAAACUAGCUAAACGAAGCCCCUCUGGAUCUGAUCAGUCGAAGCGCGAAUCUGUUUCCCAGAGCCGCUCUUCUCGAUUGUCCCGACCUUCCCUACGCCCAGUGCGGGAUUGUGUUGUCUUGUUGGACGAUUGUCACAAUGCUCUCACAAAGGUUAGUCACCAGCCCAGUUCGUUACUUGUUCGCUCAUUUAAAGCUGCAUAA